AUGGUCGGUCCCCUGGCUGGCCUUCUGCUAAAGGGGGUCGUGACAGGCUCUCCCCUGCAGCCCUUUGAAGUACAUCUCAGUUUUCAGAGAGUGACACUCCGGGAGGCACAGAAAUCUGCAGGGCCAUCCCUGUGCGCCUUGUCCCUCGUCACGUGCUCUGAGCAGAUGUCGUGUACUCAAGUUAUGGCGGACCUCCACCUGAAAGGCAUGGCGCCCGUCUUUGUUCACAAGCCCUUCUUCAGGCUCCCUGUGGUACUUCACCCUCUGGCUGCAGCAGGCAUCCAUGGAAGCCCCCAAGGGGGACAUCUCACUCCAAAGCUACAGGCGUCCGUUGUAGAGGGGUAUCAGGGGGCUCACUCCGGGGGCGUUUAG